AUGCAUUUCUCUCUCGCAACCCUGUUGUUCGCCAACGUGGCGGCGGCCGCCGUUCUGCCGGUGGUCCGCGCCCCUGAGCCAGCCCCGAUUAUUCUCCGGGCAGUGACCAGGAGGCAGAUCCAGCCCGACGAGCCCGCCGCCGCAGGAGCGGAGCACCUUGUCCCGCGGGCAAAGAAAGCCCCUGCCAAGGCCCCCGCAAAGGCCCCUGCCAAGGCUGCCCCAAAGCCCGCCCCUGCGAAGCCGGCUCCAGCUCCAGCUCCCGCCCCCGCAAAACCGGCACCUGCCCCUGCACCUGCCCCCGCAAAACCGGCACCGGCACCGGCACCGGCCCCUGCCAAACCGGCACCUGUGCCUAGCCAGCCCGCCGCUGCCCCCGCGAAGCCUGCGCCCACUCAGCCUGCUGCUGCCCCCGCCGCUCCCACCAAGGCCGCGGGCACUCCCGCCCCCAGCCCAUCGAAGCCGGUCGUCACUCCCUCCAGCCCCGCUACGGCACCCUCCAAGGCCGCCGCCACCUCGCCCGCCGCCUCAUCGGCCGCCGCGACGGCACCGGCCAAGCCCCCAACCGGCGCCCUCGCCCCGAGCUUCAACGUCGAGCUGCACUACAGCGGCGGCGGCGGCGUCGGCAAGAGAGGUGAUGGCGACGUGAGCAUCGCAGCAGCCGGCGACAGCAUCGACGUCGAGGUGGACGGCAAGAUGAAGUUCCCCUCCAUCGUGCUGGAGAACAUCAACACCAUCAAGGGCGUCACCUGCACCAAGGGCGUGGUCAACAUCCCCUUUACCAACCAGGACGCCUUUGAGACCUCCAAGCUGUGGCCCAACAACAAGUUCGUCGUCAUCACCACCGACGCCGGCGGCUGCGCGCCCUCGGGUGAGCGCGGGCUGUACCUGGUCAAGAGCAUCAAGUUCGACGAGAAGAAAAAGACGCAGGUCGUGACGGCCGACGUCGCCACCAUCGACCAGGUCAUGGAGGACGCCCACGUCAAGUGGGACAAGAAGUCGACCGCCCCCAACAAGGCCGGCAUGAACUUCCCCAUCAACAUCGACCUGUCGGGCACCGACCUCGCCAAGGCCGGCCCGCUCAGCCUCACGGCCGACGUGGCCACCUACACGGGCAGCGUCGGCUUCAGCGGGUCGCUCGACUUUGACUUUCUCGCCGGCAAGCUCAAGGCCAUGACGGGAGACCUGAGCUACAACUCUGUGCUGGCGCUGAACCUGAGCGCGGCGCUGACGGCCAAGGACACGCAGAGCGCCAUGCACCAGUUCAAGCCGGUCGAGGCCAAGAUCGCCACCUUUUCCAUCCCGGGCAUCCUCGACGUCGGCCCCAUCCUGACCUUUGGGCUGGGCGUCGAGUUCGGCGCCAAGGGCGAGAUCAAGGUCGCGACGGGGAUGCGCAGCGAGAUCAAGGACAGCACCGUGCACAUCGACUUUCUGGACCCGAAAAAGUCCACCGCCACCGGGUGGAAGCCCGUGACCAGCAUCUCGGCCAGCAAGUUCAGCGCCGACGUGAGCCUGCAGAUGAACCCCUUCGCCGCGCUCAACGUCGCCAUGGGCGUGCGCGCCUUUGGCAAGCUCGUCGACCUGACCGCCUCCAUCGACACCAAGCCCACCCUCGUCAACAGCUUCAACGCCCACGACGAGGCCGAGGCCAGCUUCAGCUCCUCCUCCGGCGUCACCUUCUCCUCGCCCAAGGGCAAGAAGUGCCCCAACGGCGGCUGGUUCGCCAGCACCCUGCAGUUUGGCGUCACCGCCAACGUCGGCCCCCUGACCAAGGAGCUGUUUUCCAGCAAGACUCCCGUUGCCGAGAGCCAGUGCUUUACGUUCCCCAAGGUCUAA